AUGUCGUCAGUUACCCUUUCCGAAGGAAGGGUCUCUUCAGAAACCGAUGGUCCCCUUUACGAACCUAUCUCCCUUAUUGAACAAAAUGAAAUCGAGACUCUCACACGCAUUGCAACGCAACAAUCUCGUCGACAAUCUACCGUGCAUACCCACCGCCUCGCUUCCGUCGCCGAACACGAUCCCUUUCUAGAUCCUCAGUCUCCCAAAUUCAAUUUGCAAAAAUGGCUAGCUGCGGCCAUGACCGAUGCCGGCAGGAAUGGCCGAGCGGGACAGAAUAUGGGCAUUGUCUUCAAGAACCUGAAUGUUUAUGGAUCUGGCGCAGCCUUGCAAUUUCAAGAGACCGUGUCGUCAAUGCUGUCUUCGCCCUUGCGGUUGCCACAGAAGAUCCGCGAAUUACUGCUGGUUCUCGGUCGGCCGGGUGCAGGAUGCAGUACUCUUUUGAAAUCCAUGUGUGGAGAAACUCACGGAUUGGAACUUGACUCGAACAGUGUGAUUCAUUAUAAUGGAAUUCCCCAAUCGCGCAUGGUCAAGGAAUUUAAAGGAGAGGUGGUAUACAACCAAGAGGUUGACAGACACUUCCCUCACCUUACAGUCGGACAGACUAUGGAAUUUGCCGCCGCUACCAGAACACCUUCUCAGCGUUUCGAGGGCAUGUCCCGCGAGGAAUAUGCCCGUUACAUGGCACAAGUGACAAUGGCUGUCUUCGGUCUCAGCCACACCUAUAAUACUCGCGUCGGAGACGAUUUCAUUCGUGGUGUGUCUGGUGGUGAGCGAAAGCGGGUCAGUAUUGCUGAAAUGGCCCUCGCUGCUUCCCCUUUGGCUGCUUGGGAUAAUUCCACGCGUGGAUUGGACUCUGCCACUGCGCUGAAGUUUGUCGAGUCUCUCCGCUUGCUUUCGGACCUGACUGGCGCUUCUCACGCUGUGGCUGCCUACCAGGCCAGUCAAAGCAUCUAUGAUGUUUUUGACAAAGUGAUUGUUUUGUAUGAAGGUCGAGAGAUCUUCUUUGGCUCCGCUGCCUCUGCCAAGGCCUAUUUUGAAACUCAAGGCUGGAGCUGUCCCCCACGACAGACAACUGGUGAUUUCCUUACUUCUGUCACUAAUCCGGGAGAACGUCAACCCAAACCCGGAAUGGAAGGACGCGUGCCUCGCACCGCCGAAGACUUUGAAAAUGCAUGGCUCAACUCCCCUGAGCACAAGAAGAUGCAAGCUGAGAUCGCUGCCUACGAGGAGGAGUAUCCCCUCGAGCAAGAUUCCGCUGCUGCUAUGGAGUUCCAGGAGAAGAAGCGCGGUCGGCAAGCCAAGCACACUCGGCCAAAGUCCCCAUACAUUAUUAGUGUCCCGAUGCAAAUCAAGCUCAAUACUAAGCGUGCGUAUCAACGACUAUGGAAUGAUAUGGCUGCAACGGUUUCGACCGUUGUCAGCAAUAUCAUCAUGGCACUGAUUAUCGGUUCUGUGUUCUACGACGCUCCCAAUACCACCGCCGGCUUCCAGGAAAAAGGAGCCACUCUCUUCUUUGCAGUUCUACUAAACGCCCUCACAGCCAUGUCCGAAAUCAACAGUCUCUAUUCUCAACGACCGAUUGUGGAAAAGCACAACUCCUACGCAUUCUACCAUCCUUUCACAGAAGCUAUUGCGGGUGUCAUUGCCGAUGUCCCGGUCAAAUUCUGUCUUGCAGUGGCUUUCAACAUCAUUCUCUACUUCCUGGCCAACCUCCAACGAGAACCUGGAAACUUCUUCCUCUACUUCCUGAUAACCUUCAUCAUCACCUUCGUUAUGUCCGCCGUCUUCAGAACCUUGGCUGCAGUGACCCAAACUGUAUCUCAAGCUAUGGCUUUGGCCGGAGUCAUGAUCCUCGCUCUGGUCGUCUACACUGGUUUUGUCUUGCCGCGCCCAUCCAUGCAUCCUUGGUUCGAAUGGAUUCACUACCUGAAUCCGAUCUACUACGCCUUUGAGAUUUUGAUCGCCAACGAAUUCCAUGGACGCGAUUUCCCCUGUGCUCAGCUCAUCCCUUCAUAUGCGGAUAGGUCUGGCAACUCGUUCUCUUGCUCCACCACCGGCUCGGUGGCAGGCGAUUUGACUGUUAAUGGCGAUAGCUAUAUCUGGGAAAAUUACCGUUACACCUUUAGCCAUGUCUGGAGAAACUUUGGUAUUCUCAUUGCUUUCCUGAUCGGUUUCAUGGUCAUCUAUUUCGUGGCCUGCGAAUUGAACUCAUCCACGACGUCUACCGCCGAAGCCUUGGUUUUCCGACGUGGCCAUGAGCCAGCUCACAUGCGCCGUGGUCAUGAGAACUCCGGCUCCGAUGUCGAAAAGACCGAUGCCGCGCCCGUGAAGCAGUCGACCUCCGAUGAAGAAGGCAAUGGUGGUAUGGGUGCGAUCGAGGCACAGUCUGAUGUCUUCACCUGGCGCGAUGUUUCCUAUGAUAUUGAAAUCAAGGGAGAGCCACGUAAGCUUUUGGAUCAUGUCUCUGGAUGGGUGAAACCUGGAACACUUACUGCCUUGAUGGGUGUCAGUGGGGCUGGUAAGACUACGCUUCUGGAUGUCCUGGCUCAUCGAACAUCAGUUGGUGUUGUCACUGGUGAUAUGUUUGUCAACGGCAAAAGCCUCGAUGCUAGUUUCCAGCGUAAGACGGGUUAUGUCCAGCAGCAGGAUCUUCAUCUUGAGACUGCCACUGUUCGCGAGUCUCUGCGGUUCAGUGCUCUUCUCCGUCAGCCGGCCAGUGUUUCCAUCCAGGAGAAGUACGAUUACGUGGAAGAUGUUAUUCGUAUGUUGCAGAUGGAGGAAUUUGCUGAAGCAAUUGUUGGUGUGCCUGGUGAGGGUUUGAAUGUUGAGCAGAGGAAGCUUUUGACGAUUGGAGUUGAAUUGGCUGCUAAGCCUAAACUUCUUCUAUUCUUGGAUGAGCCCACAAGUGGUCUUGACUCCCAGAGUUCUUGGGCAAUCUGCUCCUUCCUCCGUCGCCUGGCUUCUCAUGGCCAAGCAAUCUUGUGCACGAUUCACCAACCUUCAGCUAUCCUAUUUCAGGAGUUCGACCAACUGCUCUUCCUGGCGCGCAGUGGAAGGACUGUCUACUUCGGACCAAUUGGCGAACAAUCUUGUACUCUGCUGGACUACUUCGAGGCCAAUGGUGCACGACCCUGUGACGACAGCGAGAACCCGGCCGAAUACAUGCUUGAUGUUGUGAACAAAGGAACCAACUCUGAUGGCGAAGACUGGUUCGACGUAUGGAAGAAGAGCAAUGAGAGCACAGCCGUCCAGACCGAGAUUGAUCGCAUUCAUAAAGAGCGACAGGCAGCCCCAGUUGACGACGACACCGCGGCCGGUCAUUCCGAAUUCGCUAUGCCUUUCUGGUUCCAACUGUGGCAAGUCACUUAUCGUGUCUUCCAGCAAUACUGGCGAAUGCCCUCUUACGUUAUGUCGAAGUGGGCUCUUGGUGUCGCAGCUGGCCUCUUCAUUGGAUUCUCUUUCUUCCAGGCCAAGACAUCGCUUCAAGGCAUGCAGUGUAUUGUCUACUCUGUGUUCAUGCUUUGUACUAUUUUCACCUCUCUGGUCCAACAGUUGAUGCCCCUCUUUGUGACCCAACGAUCCCUUUAUGAGGUUCGCGAGCGACCUAGCAAGGCCUACUCCUGGAAGGCGUUCCUUAUCGCCAACGUCAUUGUCGAAGUUCCGUACAUGAUCAUCACCGGAAUACUAAUCUACGCGUGCUACUUCUACGCUGUGGUCGGCAUUCCUAGCUCAGUGAGCCAAGUGACUGUUCUUCUGCUCUGCAUCCAGUUCUUCAUCUAUGCGGGCACAUUCGCUCAAAUGGUCAUUGCUGCCCUUCCCGACGCCCAAACCGCCAGUGCCGUCGUCGUCCUUCUUUUCGCCAUGUCUCUCACUUUCUGCGGUGUGAUGCAGCCCCCUUCUGCUAUGCCCGGCUUCUGGAUUUUCAUGUACCGCGUCUCCCCUUCACUUACUGGGUCUCAGCCAUGGCCGCUACCCAAGUCCACGAUCGCCAAGUCGUGUGCUCUCAAAUACGCCACCGCAGCUGGAGGACAGGUCAUGAACCACAACGCAACUGCCGGCUGCGAAUACUGCUCUCUCUCUGUCGCGGAUCAGUUCCUUGCGUCUGAUGACAUCUAUUACAGUCAGAGAUGGCGUAAUUAUGGUAUUGUCUGGGCCUUCAUCUUUUUCAACAUUUUCAUGGCCACUUUGCUCUACUACCUUUUCCGUGUCAAGAGGUGGGACAUGGAUGGUAUGAAGAAGAAGCUUGCGCGCUUCAUGCCUUCCAAGGCUUCCAAGGCCAGCAAGUGA